AUGUUCCUCUUCACUUUGGUGCUCGUGGUGCUGUUUCUACCGGAAGCUGACACCCUGACAUGUGAAUGUGUACCUGGCCCCUACGUAAAUUGCUCUAAGGAAACAACCAAAUGUCCCUCACAGUACGAUCGUUGCUUAGUAGCAACAGAAGUCAAAGUUAAAGGUGGUGCAAAUGUUACUGAGCGGAACUACAAAGGUUGCAUUACGUCUGAUCUGUGUCUUAACUACUCUAUCAACGUUGGAGCUUACAGAAUUGUACAAAGCAGCAAGUGCUGCAGUGAAGAUCUCUGCAACGCUCAGAUUAACUACACAAAACCUGAGUACAAUUCCACUACAAAUGGAAAAAAGUGCUUCAGCUGUGACGGAGAAAACUGCACGAAAACCCUUAACUGUGCAGGGGAUGAAAACUACUGCGUUAAAGUAACAGAAAAUGUAAAUGGAGUAAGUCUGACGCUGAAGGGAUGUGCCUCUGAGUUGGCGUGCUUAGAUAAGGCAGCUUCACUGGUGAAUGAGUUCACUGGAUCAAAUAUUAGCUGCUGUCAGGGCGACUACUGCAACAGCGCCAGCAGCACCAGUCCCACCCUGCUGCUCCUGUUGGUGCCUCUGUUGUUUUCUAACUUAUUUUCUUAGCUCACAGAAGCUACUGAAUUGCUGCCAUGUUUUCUUUUUAAUCACAAUUCAUUUUCUAAACCUGUUCUUUUUAUUUGAUUCUAUAGCUUGGUUAGCUAAGCAACAUUUUAUAAUCAACAACAUCCUCUAUACUUUGUUGUUCUAUACUAAAA